AUGGUAAAUUUAAACACUAUUCCUCCAAGGAAUGGACGAGAUUACUACUUAGCAAUUGGACUUGAAGGCUCUGCUAAUAAACUUGGUGUUGGCAUCAUAAAGCAUCCACUAUUGAAGAAACAUGAAAAUAGUGAUUUAUCACAUGAAUGUGAAGUCGAGAUCCUUUCAAAUAUCAGAAAUACCUAUGUUACGCCACCAGGAGAAGGUUUUCUACCAAGGGAUACGGCCAGACACCAUAGAAACUGGGUAGUACGAGUUAUUCGUGAGGCUUUGGAUGAGGCCAAUAUUAGCGAUCCUUCAGAGAUAGACGUUAUAUGUUUUACCAGGGGUCCAGGAAUGGGUGCCCCAUUGCAUUCUGUAGUGAUUGCUGCCAGAACAUUGUCUUUAAUGUGGGAUGUACCGUUGGUUGGUGUAAACCAUUGUGUCGGUCAUAUUGAGAUGGGCAGAGAGAUUACUAGGGCCAAAAACCCUGUGGUACUAUACGUUAGCGGUGGUAAUACCCAAGUGAUAGCAUACUCUGAAAAGAGAUACCGAAUAUUUGGAGAAACCCUUGAUAUUGCGAUUGGUAAUUGUUUAGAUAGAUUUGCAAGAACUUUAAAGAUACCAAAUGCUCCGUCUCCAGGUUAUAAUAUUGAACAACUAGCUAAACAGUGCAAAAAUAAAGAUAAGUUGGUAGAACUUCCAUACACGGUUAAAGGUAUGGAUCUCUCCAUGAGUGGUAUUUUGCAAUACAUCGAUACUUUGGCUAAAGACUUAUUCAGAAAUAACAAGAAGAAUAAGAUCUUAUUCGACCAAAAGACUGGAGAACAAUUGGUGACUGUCGAAGAUUUAUGCUACUCACUACAAGAGAAUUUGUUCGCUAUGCUUGUCGAAAUUACAGAACGAGCAAUGGCUCACGUUAACUCCAAUCAGGUCUUAAUAGUCGGUGGUGUCGGUUGUAAUGUCAGACUACAAGAAAUGAUGGCACAUAUGUGUAAAGAUAGAUCUAACGGACAAGUUCAUGCCACUGACGACAGAUUCUGCAUAGAUAAUGGUGUAAUGAUCGCUCAAGCAGGUCUACUAGAAUAUAGAAUGGGCCAGAUAGUCAAGGACUUGUCUGAAACUAUUGUGACCCAAAAGUUUAGAACAGAUGAGGUGUACAUAGCUUGGAGAGAGUAA